AUGCAUCUGAAAACAUCUCUACUGCUGCUGGUUCUUGCUGUUUGUACAGUAAGUGGAGCACAGCUGCCCAAGGCCUUAUGGCAGUUUGGGAUCAUGAUUGAGUGUACCCAGUCUGAUGUUAGUGCCCUGAAGUACAACGAUUACGGCUGCUGGUGUGGCUUUGGGGGACAAGGAACUCCUCGAGAUGAAGUGGACGCGUGCUGUCACAUCCACGAUCAAUGUUACGCAACAGCCAGAAGGGCUCCUGGAUGCACGGCCAUCGCUGACCUUCCCUACAUCCUGUCUUACAAAUUCACCUGCGAAAAUCAACAAGUGACCUGCUCAGAUAUCAACAAUAAGUGCCAGGCUGCUGUGUGUGAGUGUGAUCGUGUGGCGGCUCACUGCUUCGCUCAGUCCCCAUACAACCCUGAGAACAAGAACCUGGAUCCCAAAGUCCACUGUGUCAACUGAGUUA